AUGACAGUACCGGUGCUGCUCGCGUGCAACGUCAGUACUCAGAGACCAGGCAUAUUCAACCUGACCUACUCGGUUCGCAACUCCGCCGGCGCCUACGCCGCCACUUGGCGCCAAAUCACGGUCCGACCUCUGUGUCCACCCGGAGAGCGGAUCUGUGCAGAUAGGCUGACAUGUUCCAACGAAACGGUUUGCAUCUCCGAGAUAUCAACAGGGUUGUCACAAUCCGUUCCAUUUGGUGGCGGUAGUGGCACCAGCAGUGAUAUCGAAAAAAGCAACAAUGCUAUUGCCAACGACAAGAGUACCACAACUAACGGCAGCACAGCAGCACAGCAGCAGACCACCCAAGCCGCUGCAGUUCCCAAACCUAAUAAGGCGCCCGGCAUUGCACUGAUCACCACUGAAUUCCUGUCUCAAACGGUUGCAAUCAAGCAAGGGUUUGGCAGGUACUUGUACUGCAACGGUUCCCAGCUUGCCCCUGACGCGUUGUGUGAGCCAGGAGCCACUGCCUGGGAUCCGGAUCCCACAGAUGGCGCCGUGGCUAUCAGCCUGACUUCCAAGGUUAUCGCUUGCCCUCCUGAUGUCUGCAUGGGCCCAAGCGGCUGUCCAUUCCAGGUGCUAAACACAUACCGUUUGACUGGCGCGGGCCUCGAGGGCUGUGGGAUCGACUCAAUGGCGCCCGUAGGAACUGUCUUCAAAGUCGAUUUCUGGGUAUGGGACUCAGAGGGAGCAAAUGCAUCUGUGGUUCGAUAUGUGGAGAUUACGGAGCCUUGUCCCAGCCCUGGCAACAGCACAGUUCAGCAUCGACUGUGCAAGGACCUACCGGGAAACCUGUACUGCUCACCGUUACCGUGCGACCAGGCCAACAUGCUGCGACCGCCGUAUACAGAGCCUCCCACGAUCGCGCUGCUGUCCGACGUUGUAUACAUUGAUUAUGGUAAAACCCCGCGGUACUAUCUAGACCGGUGUAAAGCGCUGCCAGAUCCCGACGACACAGCAGAAGUUGAUUGUGGUGCUUAUGCCAUGGCGCGAAGAGUGUACGGCGAUGGUCAAGUGGAGAUCAUCGACCUGAGCUCCGUCAUUGAAGUGUCACCCAUCAUCGACUGUACACCAACGGACUCCAGCAAUACCGUUACAAACGGCAGCACGUACUGCAGCAGCUGCCCGUUUGAGUAUGUGCAUCUACCCGGAAAGUGUCUGCCAGGCACGUACCGAUACAGGUUUUCCGUGACCUCUGACAACGUCAAUGUUGACAAGACACUUACUGUGCACAUUUAUUACUCGGACUCCAUCUACGGCAACCCUUUCCACCUGAACGGAGGACUGAUCCGCGACUUCGACGACUAUCAGCAACGAUUCAGGAAAGACACUAAUUUCCGAAUUUCGGAGCUCAGUACGAAAUUGCGAUAUAAUCUCACCGACCCGUUGUUGCAUGCCAUUGCCACUGGAAACAGCGCCGCUGCCGCGACUAGUAGUAGUCGCAGCAGCGGUAGCAGCAGUGGAAGUAGCGGCGCUAGCACCUCGGAAGCUACGCGGCGGCGCAGCCAGCUGCAGCUGGGGAAGGAUACGGAACCCACGGCAUCUGCGGGCCAGAGGCGCACAGCAGGAGAUGCUGCAGGAAGCCCGCUGCCAGCCUCGUGUCACUCGUUGGUUUCAGAUAUGGUUUCGGAACUUCUCGGUCAUCAGCAGAAAGGGCUGUCCGAGGGCCCUAUAUCACUAGCCCUACCCCGACCAUUUACAGUAUCAUCCUCGCCUUGGACCGCUUCAGAUGACACAGCUACAGGCGGCGCUGCUAUAACAGCUGAAACGUAUUCCAAUGGCCCGAACAUGACGACCAGCGGUAGCAGCACCAGCACCAGCACCAGCAAUGGCGUCAAUAAUGGAGACGUUGGUAAGCAGCUCGGCGAUGUGGGGAACUUACGGCAGCGCAGGAGGCAGGCGCAGCAGCAGCAGCUGGAAAACCUGGCUACAGUGAUGGUUGGUGGGCUCAACUUUACAGACGCUCAGCGGGUGACGACAUUGAUGCCCAACCCCACAGCCGCGCUGGCAGUGGCGGUGCAGUCCCUUGUGGCGGCGAUGCAGGAGCAGCUCGUGAAGGCCCAGAACGCCGUCACACACAUCAAAAGCUCCGCUAACUUAACGUUGAGCGAGACUGCACAGAUGGAGGCUCAAUAUGAUAUGGAACGCAAAGUGGGGUCGGCCGUAUCAGGCUUGCUGGAAAAUCAGAAGGCAGGAAUCGACCGAGCGUUGAACAGGUCUGCGCUUGUGGCGGCCAACUUGGAUCAGCAGCUGUUGUACUUGGCCAAUCAGCAGGCCGUACUGUACGACACGGCUUCCCAGCUCUCAGACCUUGUGGCUCGCACAGAGCUACAAACUGAGCGCGCCGUGUACGACACCAUGAUUAUAGAUGAGGCCACUGGGCGGUAUGAGUAUUUGUGGACGAACUGCCGUGGCCGGUCGUUCACCAAGCCAGCGGCUCAGCUCAAGUGGUCGUUCAAGUUGGACAACUUUGGCCAGGCGGCAGCAUCGACUGCUGUAAAUUUGCGCUCUCCCACCGAGUCCAACAGUACGGAUUUCGGAUCCGGGUUGGACUACCUGCCGGUGCCUUCGGCGGCAGCCGUGGCGGACGAGUUCGUGCACGGCGGCAACCCCUCCGCUCUGCGUGAUCGGCGGCUGUUUCGGUCGUUACGGAUGGUGGGUGGAGUUCUGUUGCAUGGUGUACGGCGACCGUUGGACGAGCAGGGCCGAUGCACUGAUCCCCGGGUUGAAUUUGCUGGUCUAAACUUCGACUGCGUACGCCAUUUCAUCCCGGGCGCCCGCUCCAACAGCUCCUCCGCCUCCCCCUCCUCCUCCUCCGCCGCCGCCGCCGCCUCUCCCUUCUCCGCCUCCUACCUGGAAACCCUGUUCGCCCGGGAAAAUUCCAUGGCCUCGUACGGCACCGAUCCCGUGUUCUUGCCGAGCUCGUCGCUGUACGAUGUUCGAGUGGCCGAUAAGGUCGCGCAGUACUACAAUACGACCCGCGGUUCGGGAGAGGUAUCGGUCACAGGGGCACCGUACUCGUACUUCCACCGAGCAUUGCAGGGUCUCCCGGAGGGCUUCCCCGUGCUGCUACCCAACACCCUGACAGAGGCGCGAAUGAGACAAAUGGUGACGUACCUGCAGGACUCCAACUUCCUAGACCGCUACACUCGCAGCCUGACCACCGAGCUGCUGCUUUUAUCAUCCGAGCUGAGAGUGUUUGUGCACUUGCUGUUCACAUUCAGAUGGAACCAGGAAGGAAAUGUUAAAUUAAAUGUCCGCUUCUCCAGCCUACCCGCUCUGACCUACCUGAAGUCGACUACUGCAGAGUCUCGUGACACCUCCACAACCGCCGCAACCACACAAACCAGCGAUAACUGGCCAGUGGUGGCUGCUCAGGAGCUGGCGGGCUUGUGGGCCUUGACGGCGCUGUUUGCGGCAGUGCUGGCAGUGCAGGCAACCCGUGUUCUUCUGGACAUCAUAAGGGGGGGUCUGAAGACAGUUCAGGCUCGAGACCGCUUCGCACAUGUUUUCCUCGAUAUCGUGGUGGCAGCACUGAUGGUCGCGGCGUCAACCACGUACAUGGUGACCCAAGCCGCCGUCUUCACAGCCCGCCAGCAUUACCAGGUGUACGAUGGCAUCCUCACAGCGCAAGCGAGAUGGCUGUUGCCACACAAGACAGACCCAUGGGAUCUUCCCGCAAAGCCGGACCAGUCUGACUUGCAGUCCGCACUGUUAUCACUCAACAUCACCGAUACUCCAGAGGCGGGAAGUCCUGGAAGAUACGUGCUACCUGACCAUCCAUACGAUGAAUUGGACGAGCUGGCGGGCGUGCUGGCGAAAGCACGUGGUAUGGUGCACGCUUGGACGAUGUACGGCAUCCUCCAGGCGAUCACUUUACUUCUUCUUAUAGGAAGGCUUUUGUCCGCAGUCGCAUUCCAGGGCCGUAUGGGAGCAGUAGUGCGGGCGCUCUACCACACAGUACCACCAUUGGCUCAUUUGCUUGUCGUGAUUGCCCUUAUGUGCAUCACGCUGGCUGCUAUGGCCCACCUCAUUGCCGGAACCUAUUUGGGAGCCUUGUCAACAUACGCAGGUGCCGUUGACAGCACGGUGGGUCUAUUUCUGGGCCGAGGUGUGCUCGAGUCCUUUAAAAGCGUAAUCCCGGCGAACACCGAGCUAACGCGAGUACAGGUAGGGUGUGUGGGCGCUCUGGCGGCAAGCAAUCGGCUAGGAAAGAGGAAGCUAGUGGCCUUCGCGGCCAGCUUGGUGGUGGUGGCCCAAGUACUCCUGCUGGGCUUCAUGUUGGUGCAGUUCUUCUUUGCUGUUAUCAUUGACUCAUUUUUUAAUAUCAGGUAUAGUUGGAGCUUUAUCAAUGGAACCACGCUAUGGCAGGACCUGCGCCACGUCUUGCUGCCCGAUAUGAUCGCCACUGCAAACCGCUGGUCCCGCAAGGCAAUCUGCUGCGAGGGCUUGUGCAAUAACCGCCAUAUGCCGCUCACCAACCGCAAAGCCAACCGACUUAUACUGAAUGGCGCCCUGGGUGGCGCAAGCAUCCUGCCUACGGUACGGCGGGCAAUCCGGGCCAUCAUUAUUCGCGAGGAAGGAAGACUCACACCUGGCGGUGGUGGUGCCGGCGGAGCAGCAGCGGCAGUGGCCAGCAGUGGUGAUGGCAUGGCGGCUGCUGCUGAUGAUGAUGGCGGUGCUGUGGGCGCUAGGCUGUAUUACUUGGACAAGGAGAUCCUGAAGGCGGUAGUCAUGGCCACCGCGGCUCAGAAGCUUGUGCAUGUGCAAGACUUGCUACUGCUCCAUUGCCCACCCCCACCGGAGUCAUACGAUUUAUUAAACAGCCAGUCAUGCGAAUUAUCACGGUUGUCAUCAGCCGCUAAUAAUGAGGAGACUGCCCCUUCCACCACCACAACAACAACCACGGCUGCCGCCGGCAGUAGUGGGCGUAAAGCGCGUGCAAGUAGUAUAGCCGCACGACGGCCGUUGACACCGCGGGCGGACGAGUCGGCGAUGGCGGUAGCAGUGCAACCACCGACACUACUGCCAUCGACGACACCUGCACUGACAACAGUGUUACCACAGCCACGUCAGCAACAGACCGCCGAUAAGCACUCAUCCUUGGAGCUUGUGCAGCCCUCGUCCUCAAGUGCGAAUCAUAUCCAGCGCCUCCCGCGGCAACAACACACGAAUUCACUAGUAAUGAUGAAUCCGGAUUUAGAGUUAGUUACGGCUUUGGUAGCGGAUCGGCUGAUGGCAAGGCUGAGCCACAGGUUCUAUCCACGGGCGCAGUCACCGCAAUUGAGUCGGGCUGAGACCCCUCAGCAGGAGCUCAUCACCCGACCACAGCCAAGUUUGCUAUCGUUUGUGGAGCGAACACGGAGUACCCCGGGCACCGGGCGGCUGGAUCCUCAUCAGGAGGUUCUGGGCCCAAGGGAAAACUGCUGUCCACGUAGUACGAGCCGGCCGAGCAUAAUCACGCUAUCGUCUCCGGAGGCACUGGAGGCACGCAGAAGUCAAAUACUGAAGCAGCAGCUGCGGCGGGACACAAACAAGACACCACUACAACGGCCCAUCCCCAAGCGCUGGGGCCAGCUGCGGGCGUCCAUGACCGUAACCACUACCCUCGCCACCGACAUGGCUCUCGCCCGUCAAAACUCUUCCAGCAACGGCAGUGGCCACGGCGGCUGCAAGGCGCCCGAUGCGUCAACCGCCGCCGCAGCAGCAGCCAACGUCGGUGACAAUGUCCAGCUGACCCGCAUUAGCCGCUUCACUGCUGUCGCGAGGGACGAGAUGUGUAUUGGCCCCGACGGCGCCGCCAGUGUGGGAGGUGAUCGCGGUGGCGGUGUAAGGGGCUGCAGUAUACGCAGCGAGGAUGAAGAGGCCGUCCGCCUUCUGGCCCUGUACGACGCUCUACGGGAUGUCGUACGUGCAGUCGAAAAAUGGCAGGUGGGGCUGCAUCGCUGGCAAGUCAAGGUGUGGAAACAGCAAAAUGCCAUGCGGAUUCAGUGGGAGCCGCAGCUACCAGCCGCGGUGCUGCCGCUGCAAGCGCCGCCGCCGCAGCCCCGCCGUAUGCUGCCGAAGACCCUGGGUAUGGCGGUGGCGGUAGCGCACGUACCUCUCUGUCGCAGCACUUGGGUCACACCAUUACCGCUGUGCUGGUGGCAUCAUCACGACGGCCGCAGUCAGGACGAUGCUCCUCUCAGACUCGCGUGCUGCCGCUGGGCACAGACCCAGGAAUUCGUCCACGAAGUCCACUCUCACGCGAAUGUUCCCUACCGCGGCGAGUUUCAGACGCUGCAGCGCAUGCAACCGGCGGUGGUGAUGGGAACGACGGCGUCAAUUGCGGCGGAACUGGCCGUCCACACAACAGAAAUCGAUACUCGUUUUGCCAUAGAGCCCGACAGAAGCAGUAGACCCAGCAGCCCUUCCGAUGCUCGAGGGGCAGCUAUUAUCACCGGCCCCGCUACGACCCCAGCAGUAGCGGAGAAUCCAACGUCCAUCACACCACAAAAGAAUACGUUUGCACCCAUGCUGACGACAUCACACAAGCAGCAGCUGCGUCCGGCACCCCCAUCAUCGUCAUCAUCGACAGCAGCGGUGAUGACUGCGACAGCGGUGAUGGCCGAGCUUCUAAUGGAGCCAGCCAAGAACACCCAGAGCGAGUGGCCGCGAGGAAUGCCAUCCAUGCGGCGGAAGAAUGAUAGAUCCUUUGCAGCAGCAGCCAGCAGUACUGCGGCACCUCCCCAAGGUCAAGACACUGGCAACACAUCCAAGAACCGUAACGACAACAACAACAACAAUAACAACAACAACAACAACAACAACACUAGCAAUCAUAUCAUACAAGGCAGCGGGCUGUCACUGUCGCAGGAGAGAGAUCGGCGGCAGCAGCCACAGCAGCAGCAACACCCGCAUCCGCUGCCGCCUCCAGUGCUACUUCCACGCGGGACUUUCGGAGCUGCAGGCGCGGCGGAGGGCCCCAGCGGAGCCGUAGCUCCGUCACCACGAAGGCUGCGGACGCAAGAGAAGCAUCAUCGCUAUUAG